GAGAGAGAGAGAGAGAGAGAAAGGGAGAGAGAGGGGGAGAGAGGGAGGAAAAUAAGAGCCAUCAGUCUCAUCUAUCUGACUCUCAUACUACUGGAUAUUAUUAUUUUUUUGGGGGGGGGAACUCUUUAUUUCCUUCAUCUUAUAUUUUCCACUCAUAUUAAAUCACAAGUUGUUUUUCUCUGUCUUGGAGACUGUUCGCAUCGACUCUACUGUUUCUAAUCCUCUUUCUCUACUCACUGUAUGGGACUAUACAGCCAUCCGCGAUUGAAUCUGCUUUUAGCCUUAUUUAUUUUUGCUUUUUGCCCUCCGGACUAAAGAAUCUCCGAUCGAUCAAGCAACUGGACCCGAGCGUGAGUUGUGUGACCGUUUUUAUCUCCACAAAACUCAAACGGGGCUUCCCUCGCUGCGAGCUGCAGGAUUCAGUCUGUCUUCCUGUGUGCGUUUUAUUAGUGCAGAGCUUAGUUAGUUUAAAGAGGCGACAGCAACACAGCAACUCGUGAAGGCUCAGCCAGUCCGAGAGGAUGCAUUAGACUCGGUGAGCAUGGUGCCAUUUUGGAGAUAAGUCCCCCCUUUCUUUCUUUUCUUUUUUUUUUUUUUUUUAAUACAUUUUCUUCAUGGGACGGCCGGACAAGCGGGACAUCAGGUGGAGAUUUUGAAGCGUCACCUGUCCGCGCACCUUUUGACGGCGCGCCUGUCAAUUAGUGCCACUAAUUGGAUUAUUUUGAUCAUCUUGAACUUAGAGUCUGCAGGUUUCUCUUCUCCGCCUCCUCGCCUCCCACCUCCUCCUCCCUUGAAGUUAUGUCAAGGCCUCUUACUCAGCUCUUACCUCCGGAUCUCCCUGCUGGGGCCACCAGCCCCCAAUUUGGGGCCAGCAACCCGGCUGGAAGUGCCCCCCAAGGUGGACAUCUGACCUCCAUGACCAACCUGAAGACCCUGCUUCAGCUGCCAAUCAAGGCCGACCAGAGAGGCCCCAAGGACUGCUGCGAGAUGAAAGACAAAGACAAGCCUGUGGACUCUGAUGAAGACUCACAGCCACAGGGUGUCAAUAGCGCAGGCCCCGGAGGGCCCGCCGGGGUCGGAGGGGCCCCUGGGCCCGGCGUGUUGCGGCCCAACUCAGCGUUCCUGGGCCCACUGCUGUGGGAGAGGACCCUGCCGUGUGACGGAGGUUUGUUCCAGCUGCAGUACAUGGACCUGGAGGAGUUUCUGACCGAAAAUGGGAUGGGGAUGCACGGCAACGGGCCCAGCUCCACCAGCGCCCAGAUCCCCUCCCAGGUAAGACUGAGCUCCCAGUCGGCGGUGCCCAACCAGAGCUCCCAGUGCCCUCCCAGCUCUCCUCCGCCCUGCUCCUCCUCUUCCUCCUCCUCCAUGUCGUCUUCGUCCUCCUCUUCGUCAUUGCUGGGACUGGAGACCGUCCAGCCACAACCGCCGCCGCCACCGCCACUGCCACUGCCACCUCAGCAGCAGCCGCAAGGCAUUUUGGGAGGACCUGAGUGUCUACAUGGGGGACGGGCGGUGCCUCAGGACCAGUCACCCACUUCUACCUGCCCUCCGGGACCCUCUGGACCUCCGGCGGCCGCCAACGGCAGCAGCGAUGUCAUGGUGAACUUUGACCCCGACCCAGCGGACCUGGCGCUGUCCAGCGUGCCGGGCCAGGAGGCGUUUGACCCGCGGCGGCACCGCUUCUCCGACGAGGAGCUGAAACCUCAGCCGAUGAUCAAGAAGGCCCGCAAGAUGCUGGUCCCCAAUGAGCAGAAGGACGACAAGUACUGGAGCCGGCGUGUCAAGAACAAUGAGGCGGCGAAGCGCUCGCGGGACGCCCGGCGGCUGAAGGAGAACCAGAUCUCUGUGCGCGCCGCCUUCUUGGAGCGGGAGAACGCCGCCCUUCGCCAGGAGGUGGCCGAAAUGAGGAAAGAGCUGGGCCGCUGCAGGAACAUCCUCAACAAGUACGAGAGUCGGCACGGAGACUUGUGAGGCGGAGGAGGAGGAAGAGGAGGAGGAGGAAGAAGAAGACGCAGGAGGAAGGGGCGGGAGGGCAGGACGAAAUGAGGAAAAAGGGUACAAGGCAAACCCAACAACUGCAGCACUUUAGUUGAAGUGGCGAGGGGGAAGGCCGGCGUAGAUCUGCAACCAAGCAAUGUGCGACACCGGGCGCAAACACACAAAAAAAAAGCGCGCGCAGGCUUGUGCUUCAGGAUGUCACGACAGGAAAGCACAGCGACGCCAUCUUUUCCAGUUUGACUCUCUUUUGUACAUGCUGCUUCGCUGAAUCCACUCAGCGUGCUGUAUCACCGUGCAUCACCUCGGCAGCUUACGUCACCCUCGGCGCUGUGCUUACGUCCGGUGUCGCACGGCAUGUUUUGCAGGUAGUGCGUUCCGGCCGCUGCUCCGGCCAGUUCAAACAGGGUGUUGAAUUCACAUUAUGCCAGUGAAAUCUCACUUUUUAAGCUCAAGGCACGGAUACAAGCCAGGAGAGGUCAGAUGUGUAAUUUUUUUCUAUAAAUAGGACAAAAGAAACAUGUAUAUUUUUGAAGUGGGCAGGAAGGCAAGACCAGUCCAGCAAAGAGGAGGAGGAGGAGGAGGAGGAGGAGAAAGAGGUGCAGGGUUUUCGUCCAUAACGCAAAGAGAUUUUGACAUAGGAUUACUGUAUAUUUUUCUAUUAGCAAAGAUAGCCAGGAGGAGGCUUUUGGAGAAAAUCUUUUGUAUAUUUUAUAUAUGGGGCGGGGAGGGGCUCUUAGCUGGACAGUCACGGGGCCACACAAAACGCUUUUCCUCCCAGCUGUUUAUCGCUAAACAACAGAUAAUCUAUUUUCGAUUUCACUGAGCUGGUUAGUUGGAGGCGGAGGCGUUACGGAGAAUGUAUCACGGUUGAAUCAGGUAUUUCACACGGUGCGAGACGAGGCGGGGGUAUCUUAGUAACGAUUGUUUUGGGAUUGUGGCGGGGGCGUUAGAAGGAAGACGGUGAAACAAAAAUUGUAUAGUUUUAAGAAAUUUUUGUGUUCGUUUGUUUUCUUUGUGAGCUCGUUCAAGCACUUGAUUUGUUAUCUUCUAUUUGAUUCCGUGUCUGACUUUGAAAUGAUUGCAGGGCUUUUAUUUUUUGAAAAUGAAGGAGAAAAAGAGAGAGGAAAACAGGAAGUAAUUAGCCAUCAGAACAGCUGGAUGUGAGCAGGUGUUUGAAAAUAAAUAAGGUGGAGAAUUUCGCUGGCGGGGUUUGCAUUUAGUUUGGUGGACCUGUCUGGCUCACACACACACACACAUACUCACAGUGACAAUUUGUCAAUAAUAACACAACACAGUUGCAGUCUUUCUCUCUCUGUUUACUCCUCGAUUUGUCCAGGACGUGCAAAAAUGAAAUACUAACUGGUUUAGGGUGGAUUUGCCCAGAUUGACCAGUGACUGAAACAUUCAACAUUCAGCAUGCAGACACACAACAAACACUCGGACACACAGUCCUCACCCAGGUUUUAACCCUUAUUGUUGUUGUUGAUGUUGUUAUGGACUUCUAUGGUGCUGAUCUGAUCUGAUCCUUCACCUGACACACACACACACACACACACACACACACACACACACACAUGCAAACACUUCCACCACCUUAAACACAGUACUGAACUGCCUAUACCCUUUCUUUGUCUUUUAUUCCUUCUUUUUAGUUUAUUUUGUUCUUAUUUUGUUGCAUAUUGUAUCGAUAAAUCGUAUAUAGAUUUACACACAAACACUUGUCUAUACCUCACCUUCAAACUUUACCCAAUGAGAAACGAGAAAUGCACCCUACUGCUACUGUACCAUACAACUAUUGAAUAAUAAACUAUUCUCUCACUAUAUAUAUAUAUAUACAUAUAUGUAUGUAUAUGUAUAUAUAUAUAUAUAUAUAUAUAUGUAAAUGUAUAUUAUAUAUGCUUGAAUUAUGUGAUUAUAGUUGUAAUAUACAUAAUUGAAUAUUGAAUAUAUUACAGAAAAUCCCAUUGAAAUCAUGUCAGUUUUUUCUCAGGUGUUUUUGUCUGAGGUAUUAAAUACACAUUAAAAAAAAAAAAAAAAAACACAAAAAAGUCUUUGAUUGGAUCACAAAAUUUGUUGUUUGUUUUUUGGGGGGGAUUUAUAUUUUAUUUGUCUUGUUACAAAGCGUUUCAGAGCUGUUGGGUUUUGUUGUUAUGGUUGUGUUGUACCCCAGUUUAUUACUAACUAGGACAGAUACCUUUCUCCUCAGACCAAGUGACCAUUCACUAAGCCCCGCCCAACGUAGUUACUGGUUACUGUCACGCCUUCCAUUCUAGAACUUUCACUAUGGCAACAGUGGCAGAUUGGAUUAGCUAUAGCUAGCUAACUAACGAUUCAGUUGCUGUGUCCGAAAUCACUCCUUUGAUACACAUUUACUACUCCCUACAUAAUAGACACUAAAUACUUUACUCAAUUGCAAGCAAAAUUAGAUGUUGGACACUUAAGAAUCAACCUCAAAAUUGUUAAUACGUUUUUAAACAAUGGGUCCUUGAUUUUAGACAUAAGUGGACACAAACAUCUUCUAAGUUUUUGUUACUGAACUGUUGAUUUUACCGACUACUGUCAUUAGCAGAUUAUAUAAGCUGUAGCUAGUUAACUAACUAACAUUCAGUCGGUGCAACCUCAGUCUCCAGCUGAGUAGUAUGACAUUUGCAAAAGGGUCUAAAAUAUGCAUUUGAUGGCUACAUACAGAUGUAAUACUGUGUAAUGAUGUAGAAAAGACUGAGGCAAAUGACAACAGUCGCUGACAUAUUUUAUUAGCUGUGGCUAGCUAGCUAAUUAAGCUAACAUUAUCUUGGGGAAACACUGCGACUUUUUAAUGUUUCCAACGCUUAAACUCCAAUAUAGCAGUUAUUAGCAUCCAAGACUGGUGCUACAAUGGCUUCUGUAGUUGAUGUGUUAAUUUUUAAUAGGGCUUUAUCUAAAGUAAUCGGUUACCCCACACGAUAAUGUAGUUAUCCAACAAUAUGCUAACAGAUGGCCUUGGCAGUAACUUUAGUUUCUUUUUAAAAUAAGGUUUAGUCGCCAUAUCUAAAUAAAGACACGACAGCUCUUAAUUAACCAUUCGCUAACCCUCCCCCAAACAACGACUAUCAUUGCUUAGCGACCGCAACUUGGCUUUUGAUUUCUCAGCAUACUGAAGAGGUGUGCAUGGCGCUGUAGUAAGAGCAAUACUCAGCAUUUCAAGAGUUUGGAGGGUCGCAUCUCUUAUCUCCUUUCCAAAAACUGAACACCUCACAAAAGCAAAAGUGUAAGACAUGGAUUUAACUGUGUGUUUAGGCUGCUAACCAUGCUACCAACAUUAGCAUGCGUGGUUAACUAGAUAAAAAAGUAACCUAUUGUUCUUGUUACUUGCUUUACAGCCAUAGUUGCUCGUAUAAUAAGGUUUACGUGCAGUUUAGUGUCCCAAAUUCCACUAUGGCCACCCCAAGAUCCACCCUACGAAGCAGCUCGAUUGGUUGGGGUUAGGCAUUUGACCUUGAGUGGUUAUGGUUAGGAUAGCCGAUUGGUCAGGGGAUAGGACCUGUACAAAUGGGGUUACGUUACGGGGAAUUUGGGACACUAAACUGCACGUAUACCGUAUAAUAAUUGCUGUUGUUGAUGUGGAUAUACAUUUAUUUUCAGUCGUUUCAUGCAACAGCUUGUUCAGGGGGAUUUGAUUCUCACCUAAAUCCCCUUUCGAUUCCCACAAACAACUUUCACUUGAUUUCCCAUGAGCCUGUCGGCACCAUCCACAGAGGCAUAACUGAAUCCCAGGUGUAUUAUGGGAGCUGUAGUUCUAGCCUUGAUAUAUAUAUAUAUUUCUCUUUUUUAGGAAUAUGUUCAAACCUGAGCCACAGACACAAACUUUUGAAUUUAAAUCCCUGGAAGAAAAGUCUCAGAGCAUCUUACACUUCUUUUUGAUAUCUGGGAUUUUUGGAUUUCUCUAAAGACGUCUCAGAAACUUUUUGACAGUGCUAUUUUUCUAUGUAAUUGUGAUAUGUAACAACUUUUUCUGGCGGGCGUUUGAGGUCCACUCUUCACGUGGUGACAGUGACAAUUUUCUGUUGUACGAUGAAACAACAUUGCGGGUAAUGGUGAAAACAAUAAUAUGAUAUUAUCAUCAUAUAAUAGAAUAACAAUAAUGUACACAGCCUUGUUUUUUUCUCCUUCAAUUUUGUGGAUACUCAGCUAACUUCUCCAUGUUGUGACUGACUGUUUUAAACUGCAAGUCCCUUGAGCGCAACACUACCCUGACUCCUCACCAGUAUUGUGUGCUGUCCACAGGGAUGAUGUGGUCUGGCGUUUUUCCCUCCAAACACCAAUAAAGGCUUAUCCUCACUCACUGAC